CAGGGGAUUCAACAAAAGAGGAAUAAAGUAUGAUUGGAAGAUGAAAGCCGAUACCUACUUGCCCGAUCAACGCUGUACGGUUGUUAGCUCCAUUCUCUUCACGCCAUUGCAAGAAGAGCACAGCGUUGAGGCAACAACUGCUCGGUGCAUGGCUUGGUUUUCUGCCUCGGUUUCUUCAGGGACUCCUCUUGUUUUCGUUAAUAUCCAAACAGAACAGAUUGUCACCUCGGACAAACAUAAUUUAAUGGGGUCAAGAGAAAUAUCUUGGGGUCGGCAACAAAACCAUACAACAACUUUCCAAGUAGUGCAGGGGAUAAGACUAUGGUUUCUACCUGGAGUUGCUGAACUCUUAGUUGAAUUAAUUCCUAAACCCGGUGAAAUUCGGUUUGGAAUGGACAUUAAGCGGACGGAAGAGGGCUUCAUUUGCAUAUACUCGGUAACGAAAGGAUCAGCCGCUGAUAGAGCAGGGCUUGGGAGCCUACAUGAUGAAGCGUGUGGAAGUGGGCAUUUGCUUGUGAUGUCUCGCUUAGAAGGAAAGAGUUUGAUGCCUUCACAUGUCAGCUCCGGAGGACUUAUUCACUGCUGUGAUCAUACUGAAUUAAGGGAUACUCUUACUUCUGCAAUUGAUCAGAUGGAUAGAAUUCAAAUCCACGUUAUGGCCUGGCCAAACCAAACACGUCUCAAUAACGUUCCUCAGCCUCUUGGUGUUGCGACACUUAGACCACCUGAUGGAUGUUGUGUCCCAAGAUGAUUGUGGAAAUAUAUUUCUCAAUAUUUUCUGUAUCAUUUUCUACUGUAAGUCUAUAACUUUAAGCUGUUUGUGGGCUUAAAAUUGUGUAAUAUAUAAAUAAGUGCACAUAUGGAUUAGAUUAGUAUUUCUCAGAAAUUAAUGAAUGUUUUGCCUUCCCAUUUUCGGCUUUUCCCUUCUUUUUUUUUUUAAUUUAAAUUUUUUAAUACAUUUUUAUAGAAGUGGAUUAGCGCGCGCGCGCGCACACGCGAAAAAAAAGAAAGAAAAAGGUACUUCCCAGUUCCCAUAUCAGAGCGAAAUAUAAUCAACUACUCUCUAAGUGAUGGUUUUGGAGACCAAGCUCUAGUUUUCCCAGUAUCAAUGGCUGUUAGAGCUUUAACCAAUACAUCUCCGACCUCUCCCAGAAGCGCCUUAGUAAGCUCCAUAACCUCGCUUCUUCGAAACCUAAACCCCCAAAAAGCAAACCCCUCAGACCUAAGUUUCGCCCCUCUUAAUCAGUUCUCAUGUGCUCUCGACCCAAGCUUAGUCAUCGAAGUCAUCAAGAAGCAGACCAAUCCCUACCAUGCCCUUUUCUUCUUCAAUUGGGCUUCAAACCCUGCUCCUAAUCCUAACGGCUAUUCCCACACUCACCAUUGCUACCUGGCUAUCAUUGACCUUCUUCUCUCCCAUUCUCUCUUUUCUACUGCCUCAUCGCUUCUUAUACAGUCUAACAGGCUCUCUGAUUUCAUGAUUGCCAAGUUUAUCAAAGCUCACGGGGAUCGGGCCGAUAUUAGGGCUGCUAUUGAUUGGCUACACAGAGCGAAAGUGAUCGAGAAUGGUCGGUGUUUGUUUUCGUAUAAUGCCAUACUGGGUGUGCUGGUAAGGACGAAUAGAAUUCAUUUUGCUGAGUCCUUGUAUAAUCAGAUUGUGAAGGAAGGAGUGGUGAAACCCGAUGUUUCCACAUAUACGACAAUGAUUAGAGGGUAUUGCAAAAUGGGCAUGAUUGAGAAUGCCAAGAAAGUGUUCGAUGAAAUGGGUUGUGAACCAAACUUGAUUACCUACAAUACUAUGAUUUUUGGAUACUGUAAGAAGGGUGAUAUGGAAAGUGCGAGGAGAAUUUUGGGUUAUAUGAUGGACAGUAAAGAUUGUUUGCCCGAUACUGUAACUUAUACGACAUUGAUUGACGGGUACUGCAAGAAAGGUGAACUGGAUGAUGCGGCUAAAUUCAUGGAUGAAAUGGAGAAGCAGGGUUGUGAGCCUAAUAUGUUAACUUACAAUGCAUUGGUUCAUGGGUUGUGUUUGAGUGGGAAAGUUGAUGAAGCAAAGAGGAUGAUGACUAGGAUGAGGUUAAAUGGUGUGAAGGACAAUAUAGCAACUCACACGAGCAUAUUGAGAGGGCUAUGCAUUGUGGGAAAGCUCGAUGAAGCUAUUCAACAUAUCAAGGAGAUGGUUAGAAUUGGCAUAAAAUUAGAUGUCAAAUCAUAUGGGGUUGUUGUUAAUGAGUAUUGCGAAAGGGGGAAACCAGAUGAAGCAAUUUCCCUUCUAAAGGAGAUGAGAUCCAAGGGACUAAAUCCAAGUGUUUCAAGUUUUAAUGCUGUGUUCAGAAUUCUUGUGGAAAAUGGGGAGCUGGAAAAGGCAGUUCAUCUUCUAAAGCAGAUGCCAGAAAUGGGCUGCUCUCCAAAUUUCGUGUCAUAUAACACAGUGAUACACGGUCUUUGUGGAAGGAGAGGUAGAAUGCAAGAAGUUCAAAAGCUUAUUCGUCACAUGGUUCAAAAUGGCCAUGAGCUAGAUGCUACCGUUUGUAGUUUAAUGGUUAAGGGAUACUGUGAGGAUGCAAAUGUGAACAGGGCAGUACAGGUUUUCUAUGAAGCACUAGAUAAACAUUACAUAAUUAAUUUAGAGAGCUUUUCAGUUUUGAUCAAGGAGUUGUGCAGAAAGGGGCAGUUCCAUGAGGCUGAUAUUAUUGUUGAGGAGAUGUGUAGGAGAUGCAACGUGAUCGAUAUAGAUAGUUACAGAAAGGUGAUGGAUGACUUUUUAUGUUUAUAUUCAGGAAAAACAAGUGAGACUACUUUUAUAGGGAAUAAAAUGGAGACAACCAAUCCAUCUUAAAGUUUAUGUGUAACAUCAUUUGAACAUCAUUUUUCCUAAUGGCGAUAUGAUGUCAAAUUAUUCUGUAUAAUUACUGUGUGUGACGGAUCAUUAAAAUUCACAAAGCAUAUGGGCUUAUGAGAUUGGCUAAUAAGCUCCUUUUUAAUUAGGGUAUGUUUGAAAGAAAAACUCAUGUAGAGUUAUAGA